CUCUAUAAAACCCCCACCUCCUAUCCGUCCAACGAAUCCCAACGAUACCUAAACAAAACCAACUCAGGUCGCCUCUCUCCUCUAAGCUGCUGAUCAGCGUCACCAGGUAGAGCUAGCUGGGCAGAGAGCUCCUCGAUCGAAGCUAGCUAGCUAGCAACAAGUAAGCUAGUGAUCGAUGGGGAGGUCGCCGUGCUGCGACGGGGAGGCCGGCGUGAAGAAGGGCCCGUGGACGCCGGAGGAGGACAAGCUGCUGGUGGACUACAUCCAGGAGAAGGGACACGGCAGCUGGCGGCGACUUCCCAAGCUCGCCGGCCUCAACCGCUGCGGCAAGAGCUGCCGCCUCCGCUGGACAAACUACCUCCGCCCCGACAUCAAGCGCGGCCGAUUCACCGACGACGAGGAGAAGCUCAUCAUCCACCUCCACUCCAUCCUCGGCAACAAGUGGUCGUCCAUCGCGACGAAGCUGCCGGGGAGGACGGACAACGAGAUCAAGAACUACUGGAACACCCACCUGCGCAAGAAGCUGCUCGGCAUGGGCAUCGACCCCGUCACGCACCGCCCGCGCACCGACCUCAGCCUCCUCGCCGGGCUCCCCGGCCUCCUCGCCGCCGCCGGUAAUAACUUUGGCGGCGCGGGCGCUUGGGACAUGAACGCUCUCAGGCUCCAGGCCGACGCCGCAAAGUUCCAGCUGCUCCAGGGACUGGUACGCGCUCUCGCCACCGCUGCCGCGCCAGCGCCUGCGCCCACGGCCGCCGCCGGCAUGGACAACCUCAUGGCACUCCUCGCCGCGAGCGGCAACUCGGGGCAGCACGGAACCGGCGUUGACCAGAGCCUGCUGCUCCAGCAGUGCCAGUGGGACGGCCUGCUCAACCUGCCGGCGCUCACGAGCUCUGCGCCAACGAGCAGCAUGCAGAUCAGCGGGCUGUUCAACAGCUUUGGCGCCAGUGCCGGUUGCGGCCAGGCGGGUGAUGGGUUGAGCUCAACGGAGCUCGGGGGCCACGGCGGGGCGAGCGGGAGCAACGUGACGGACGCGGUGGCGCCGCGCCAAAUGGUGGCGAUGGACCAAGAGUGCAACAAUAAUGCCGGAGGCGGCGGGGUGUCGUGCGAGGAGACGCCGGCGUCGAGCCCCUUCGACGGGCUGGACAGCCUGAACCUGAUGGUGGAUGACAUCAACACGGAUGGUAGUUGGAAGGAUUUGCUAGACCAAAUGUCAUGGUUGAACCCAACUGAGCUGUGAUGACUAGCUAUAUAAGGAAAAUGAAGAAUGCACAAAUAAUACGGAGACAAUUAAUUGUUGGAUUGGAUGCACUGUUCGAUUGACAUCGAAUUGAUGUGAAGUUUGUUUGAUGAUAGGGAAAAGGGUGGUUUGGUCCACACUUUUAGUCAUGUACAAAAAAGAACAAAGGGGACAUACAUAUGUACACACUCACUACAAUUAGUGUUCAUUUUUGUUGAUUUAGUUCUUUUGUUGUUUCCUUUUUUGGAGUUUACAAGGAGGGAUUAUAUAUAUAUGUAAUAAUUAGCUGGUGACAUAAACUGAAAGGACCUUCUUUUUUUCCAGACAGCAAAGUGUAUGUGACUGUGACUAUUCACCAUGUUUACUUCUUCCAUGACACAUGAUUUAAUUAGUAUCGACUUCCCUUGC